AUGCCUCGCGGUAAGCUGUUAUCAGACUUGGAGAAAGGUGAAAUCGUGGCUAUGAAAAGGGAAUGCAUGAGCAUUCCGGAGAUCGCUCGAACACUCAGCAGAUCUCCUCGUGCCGUACAAAACUUUUGCAAGCACCCAAAGCGGGUUGACGCACAGAAAGGCGCGCGCAACGCAUCAAAAAAAAGACUGUUGCUUCGCGACGCAAGCAAAGGUGAAAAAUCAUGCAAGGAACUGAAGCUGUGCCUUGAUAUUGGGAUUGGCGUUCGUCGCAUUCAGCAGAUUCUACGCGCAACACCUCACCAGAAAUAUAAAAAGAUGCUAAAACGUCCACAGAUGCUGGAAAGGCACAAAGUUUCCAGGUUGGAGUGGAGCAAAAAAUACUGCAGAGAGGGAGUUCGUAUUGGCGCCAGGUUGUUUUCUCAGAUGAGAAAAAAUUCAACCUAG